GUGGUUUUGACAAGUAGCCAACAGCUUGCCUUUCGCCAAACCGCCUUCGCAUACGGGACGGAUCUGUGCUGGACGCCCAUGAUUGUGGCUAAGGAAUUUAACAGGAAUCACUUUGCGAGAGACAGCGACUUUACUAUAUCCACCAACGGCCCUCAGCCUCCAACGAUAGUACAGUUUGGCGCAAACUCGCCACAAGAACUCGCGAGGGCAUCUACGCUCGUGGCACCGUUUAGUAACGGGGUAGAUUUGAACUGCGGCUGUCCCCAGUCCUGGGCAUGUGCUGAGACCCUAGGUGCCGCCCUGAUGGAGAAACGAGAACUGGUCAGGGACAUGGUCGUAGAAACCAGGGAAUACCUUCGCCGAGACGGGUGGGGUGUCGGGAAGGAAAAGGAUAUCAACAACCCCAAAGGGCGAAGCGUGAGCGUCAAAAUAAGAGUACACAAAGACCUGCGAAAAACGAUGGACUUCAUCACCACCGUCCUGGGCCCUGAUCAAGACCGUCAUAUCGACUGGCUAACCAUCCACCCGCGUACGCGCUCGACCCCUUCCAGCAUACCAAUCAACCUCGAAGCUCUCGAGGUCCUGACGUCCACCUUCGGCGACCGCGUGCCCAUCCUCCUGUCGGGCGAUGUCUUCGCUCUCAAUGCCCUCCCAUUCACGUCCCCUCUCCUCGCCUCCGCCCCAACCUUUACCCAGUCCAUCUCCAAUACCAAGUCACAUUCGACGACGACAACGACGACAGCGACAAUAUCAGCAGCAGCAGCAGCAGCAGAAACACUAACCGAGGAUUCGCCAAACCCAAGCGACCGCCGACCAUCGCCAGCCACCUACCACAUCCCCAAGCUCGCCGGCCUCAUGUCUGCGCGCGCCCUCCUUGCCAACCCGGCCCUAUACGCAGGCUACGAAGCCUGCCCGUGGGAGGCCGUCGAGACGUUCCUCUCCAACGUGGCGCGGGCGCCCCUCCCUCACAAGCUGGUGCUGCACCACCUGAGCGAGAUGUGCGGUCCCGGCAUGGGCCCCAACAAGGCCUCGCUGCUGACCAAGCAGGAACGGGCGGCCAUGUUGGCGUCCGGGAACAUGCUGGACCUGAUUGACUACCUGGAUACGGUGAGGGGACUGAAGAGGAGAGGAGAGCAGGUAGGACUUUCAUAGUUUGUUUGAAUUGAUGGGAAUUCGGAAAAGGAACAGUGUGUGUGGAAUGGCGUAUACAGAAUCAUUAUGGUUCUUUCGCAGAUUGAGGAGGUAGCAUGAGAGAGAGAUGACCAGCCAUCAGAGGCAUCCGGGAUAAUCCCCCGCCACCCCUACCCCUAACCAUCGGAUACAGCCCGCAUAUGGAUGCGGACCGGAUCCCUCUUAAAAACGCGAUCGGAAGUA